UUUGAAAUAACAGUAACACGUGCCAUCCUAUUUUGAACCUAAAAAGAAACCCCCAAAAACCAGAAAAAUCCUUCUCUCUGCUCUCUCUCUUGCUCUGAAUCGGAGCCAUGGAAGGGAUACUAAAAGACUGUGUGAACAACAGUCUCCGCCAUUUCAUGUACCGCAACGCCAUGUUCAUGUGCGAGCGUCUUUGCGCCGAGUUUCCUUCUGAGACAAAUUUACAAUUAUUAGCCGGAUGUUAUUUGCAAAAUAAUCAAGCCUACUCUGCAUAUCAUAUUCUAAAAGGAACACAUAUGGCUCAAUCCCGCUACUUGUUUGCGAUAUCAUGCUUUCAGAUGGAUCUUCUAAAUGAAGCUGAAGCAGUGUUAUGUCCUGCCAAUGAACCUAGUGCAGAGGUUCCAAAUGGUGCAGCUGGGCAUUAUCUUCUCGGGCUUAUUUACAGGUAUACUGAUAGAAGGAAAAAUGCAAUUCUUCAUUUCAAGCAGGCUUUGUCAAUAGAUCCUCUACUCUGGGCUGCAUAUGAGGAGCUGUGCAUAUUAGGUGCUGCUGAAGAGGCAACUGCACUUUUUGGUGAAGCAGCUGCUGUUUGCAUCCAAAAGCAGUGUGUAAACCAUGCAUCAGCUUUCCAAAAUGUCCAGAUCUCCAGUGAGGAUCAUAAUUUACUCUCUGCUAGAAACUCUGGUUUGGAAGAUGUUAGUCCAAGGCAGUUGAAGCACGUGCAAGGUAAUAACCUAAGAGAUAUUCCUUCAGCUGCCAGUCAACCUCCUAAUGGUGGCCCUCCAAAUUUACCAUUUUAUAAUACUCCUUCGCCAAUGGCCUCACAGUUGUCUGGUGUCGCUCCACCACCUUUGUGUAGAAUUGCUCAGCCAAAUGGUCCAAAUCCUAGCUCACUCUGUGCCGAAAAUUCUGCAAGGUCUACUGUGAACUCUACUAUUCAAGCCCCUCGAAGAAAAUUUGUUGAUGAAGGGAAAUUACGGAAGAUUUCUGGGAGGCUAUUUUCUGAUUCUGGCCCUCGACGAAGUACAAGACUUGCUGCUGAAGCAGGGACAACCAACUCAAAUGCAAGUACCACACUGGCAACAGGGAAUGGAAUUAGCAACUCUUCUAAAUAUCUCGGUGGUUCUAAACUGAGCUCUAUAGCACUACGUCCUGUGACCAUUCGUAAAGGGCAGUCAUGGGGCAAUGAAAAUUAUAAUGAAGGGAUACGCAACGAUACUUUUGAUGAUUCGCGUGUGAGUGCUGCAACAACAAAUUCUAGUUCAUCACCUUCUAGUGAUGCUAGAUGUCUUGAAUCCGAAGGACCGUCUAUAACAGUUGGUGGAGUUAUAAUGAGCACUGCAAAGGUCUUAAGUGGUGCUUCAGAAAUAUUAGGUCUCUUGAGAAUUCUCGGAGAAGGCUAUAGACUUUCUUGCUUGUACAGGUGCCAGGAUGCAUUGGAUACCUAUAUGAAGCUACCUGGCAAGCAUUAUAAUACAGGCUGGGUACUUUCCCAGGUUGGGAAAGCUUAUUUUGAAUUAGUGGAUUACUUAGAGGCUGAUAGGGCUUUCAGUCUUGCCCGUCGAGCAUCACCUUACAGUUUAGAAGGAUUGGAUAUAUAUUCCACGGUCCUUUAUCAUUUAAAGGAGGACAUGAAGUUGAGUUACUUGGCCCAAGAACUGAUAUCAACUGAUCGCUUAGCUCCUGAAUCUUGGUGUGCCAUGGGAAAUUGCUUUAGUUUGCAAAAAGACCAUGAAACUGCCCUGAAAAAUUUUCAGCGGGCUGUGCAGCUUAAUUCAAGAUUUACAUAUGCUCACACCCUUUGUGGUCAUGAAUAUGUAGCUUUAGAGGAUUUUGAGAAUGGAAUUAAGAGUUACCAGAGUGCACUACGAAUUGAUGCUAGACAUUAUAAUUCCUGGUAUGGGCUUGGGAUGGUCUACCUCCGGCUAGAGAAGUUCGAGUUCUCAGAGCAUCACUUCCAAAUGGCUUUUCAAAUAAAUCCACGGUCCUCUGUCAUUAUGUCGUAUCUUGGGACGGCUUUGCAUGCUUUAAAGAGAAAUAGGGAAGCUUUGGAGAUGAUGGAGAGGGCUAUUUUAGCUGAUAAGAAGAACCCUCUUCCCAUGUAUCAGAAGGCUAAUAUACUUGUGAGCUUGGAAAGUUUUGAGGAAGCUCUAGAAGUCUUAGAAGAGCUGAAGGAGUAUGCUCCUCGUGAAAGCAGUGUAUAUGCUUUGAUGGGUAAGAUCUAUAAGAGGCGUAACAUGCAUGAGAAAGCGAUGCUUCAUUUUGGUCUUGCUCUGGAUUUAAAACCAUCAGCAACUGAUGUUGCUACAAUUAAGGCGGCCAUUGAAAAGCUGCAUGUACCAGAUGAGAUAGAAGACAGCUUGUAGAUCCUGUUGUUUGGAAAAUAGAUGAUGACACAAACUUUUUGGUCCAAGACUAAAAUGGCACCAAGGAGAUCCCCUGCUUGUGCUUUCAACAGGUGGCAAGUACUAUUGCAUCAUAUUUGAUGCGUUUUCUAGCUGGGAAGCCUCUUCCAAUUAGCAGGCCUGGUUGAAGUAAUCUUGAUUUUGUAGGGUAGUUAAUACACUCAUGGAAGACUUUAGCUGACAUAUGUGCCCCGGAAACUGCCAUACUUGUACCGGUAGAUGUAUAAAGGAGUCUUUGAGUAAAUUGCUUGUAUGAUUCAUGUUGUUUAUAGUUUGUAUUUUACUGUUUUUCUAUAAACUUUUUACUAAUUGUCACCUCACGGGUUCCAUUUUGUAGCCAGGUUUUCUGGGCACCCCUAAAUUCCUUAUACUGAAGUUGUAAUCUGGUUGAAAGUAACGAUCUAUUUGAAAGUGAGAAGUCAUUCAUCUAAUCAA